CUGAGCCCGCACCCAAAAUUGCUGCUUAUUUCAUUUGACGGGUUCCGCUACGACCUACUUAAUGCAACUUGGACUCCCAAUAUCUACAAAUGGGCAAAUCGUUCAUCAUGGUUCGUGAACGGAGUCAGAUCUCAAUAUGUUACUUAUACAGCACCCAAUCAUAUGAGUAUUGUAACCGGAAUGCAUGAGCAGGACCACGGAAUCGUCUCUAAUUAUUUUUAUGAACCUGAAAAUGGAAAAUUUUUUGAUUACUUCAACCUCACACAAAAGGAGGGUGUGGUUAAUAAAUCAUUAGACACGUCAUGGUACAAAGGAGAUCCCAUUUGGCUGGCCAACGAAAGAUUCGAGGCUUCCCGUCGAUCGGUUUCAUUUUACUGGCCAAGUGGAGAGGCGUCGUACUCGAAACCGCCUCACAAACCAUCGCUAUAUAGGGAAUGGAGAGGAUAUCGCAAUCUCAGCGCGUGGAUGACCGAUGUUGAUGAUAUCGUCAAACUGUUCACCGAUGAGAAAGACCCCAUCAACUUUCUUGCAUGGUACAUUGCUGAGCCCGAUCACACUCUCCACAAGAAUGGUUUCUACAAUGGCGAAUUGAGGAAGAUCAUUCAUCAACUCGAUGAGUUGUUUGGCUAUCUUGUGGCGAGACUACAAGAUACUGGGUUAGAAAAUAUUGUGAAUGUG